AUGGCUCGUGCUCCUGUCUGUCGGAAGGAGGAUUGUUCUCCCUACGACAUUGGCUUAGUCUUCGACAAGAUCGCCAGCUAUUCGCCUCAGGACAAGUUGAAAUUCAUCGAAAAUGUAUGGAAACCAGAUGAAGCGGCUGAUAUAGCAAACAAAGAAAAUCUUUCUGUUGUGAUUAGAUUUCUCGACUCAACCAAAAACUUCAGAGAAGAAUUUAUUGGAUUUUAUAUUUGUAAGGAGGGAACAACAGGAGAGGCCAUCAAAGACCUUAUAACUGCAGCUGUAGUAGACUUAGUAUUGUUGAUGGAAGACUGUCGUGGCCAAUGUUAUGAUGGCGCUGGCAAUAUGGCUGGACGACUUAAUGGAGCCUCCUCGUUAAUCAGAGCAGAACAUGAGAAGGCAAUUUUUGUCCAUUGCAUGAAUCACCAGCUGAAUUUGUGUAUUGCCAAUACCUGCCAAAUACCAAAUGUCAGAAACAUGAUGGAUGUUGUGCGAAAGCUUUUUUAAUUUUUUGACAACUCUCCCAAGCGACAAGAACAUUUAGAAUUCAAGAUCAUAGAACUUUUG